CUCUCUCUCUACAUCAAGAAUGAAAUAUAUUAAUAUAACCAUUAACAAGCUAUGAUAUCAUGAACCAAGUUUGAGUUUGUUUCACCCUUUUAAGGAAAAAAUAUCAGAAAUCAAAGCUUCUAAAAAAUACACUGCUAUAUCUUUGAGAAGAGCUUUCUAACUAUAUAUACUUCAAUUAACACUUCACAAUACUCAUCCAAUCAAUCUCAUCACACAUUGAAAAGAAAAAAAAAAGAAUUCCUUCUUUCUGCUUCAUCAUUUUCAGGAACCCUAGAAAAACAAGGUACUCCUGUCAAAGCAACUUUGGAUCUACAAAGCAAAGAGUUGAAGGAAAUUAAUUAAAGUUGAAGUAUAUAUAUAUAUAUGGAUUCAAUUCAAGAAUUUAUAAACACAUGUAACAUUGAAAACAGCUGCAACUUCAUGAAUAACAACAACAGUAUAAGCAGUACAACAAGCUUAACAACAACAGCAAGUGGAAGUUCUUCAUCAUCAGCUGUUUCAACCAUCACCACCAACACACCAAACAGUAGCAGCCGCUAUGAGAAUCAGAAACGCCGUGAUUGGAACACUUUCGGUCAGUAUCUUAAGAAUCAUCGACCUCCUCUUUCGCUCUCGCGGUGCAGCGGUGCACAUGUUCUUGAAUUUCUCAGGUACCUGGAUCAAUUUGGGAAGACAAAAGUUCACACACCAAUAUGUCCGUUUUAUGGACAUCCAAACCCUCCAGGGCCAUGUCCAUGUCCUCUAAGACAAGCAUGGGGAAGCCUUGAUGCACUAAUAGGUCGUCUUCGUGCAGCCUUUGAAGAAAAUGGAGGAAAACCAGAAGCUAAUCCUUUCGGUGCUCGAGCAGUGAGGCUCUACCUUCGUGAGGUUCGUGAUCUUCAAUCCAAAGCAAGAGGAAUCAGUUACGAAAAGAAGAAAAGAAAGCGUCCACCAUUGCCAACACCACCUCCUACUGCUGCAAACUCAUUAGAUAUCAUCAAUUGACACUCUUCUCUUAAUCAAUGCUCUUUUUAUUAUCAUAUUUAGGGUUUUUAUUUUUAUUUUUAUAAUAAUAUUAUGUGAAAGCUGCUGUGAAAUCUGAUGAUAGAUAUAAGACUGUUUGUUUGUCUUUGGAUUCUGUUUGGUUGCAGAUGAAAAAGUGUUCAAAUUCUGAUAAAUCAUUUAUCUGCUUUUAAAGAUUUAGCAGAGACUGUUAUGUUGCUUGUACUCAUAGUAGACUCGCAGUGGACUGGAAAAGUUGAAGCUAGUCAUCAUAGUGAUUCUCAACAAGGAACCACUUACUUACAAUCACAGUCACAACCAUGGCAUUAUUAUUAUUUAUUAUAUAUGUUUAUAUGUUUUUGUACAAUUAUUCAAUAUGUCAAACUUAGACUUGCAGCA